AUCAACUGAUUGCAAACAAGCCCUCAAACAUCGCCAAGCCAAGGCUCCAGUGACUUCAGGAGCUGGUGGUGAGGUUCCUGCCUCGCCCUGAGGACACAAACCACACUUCUCAGGUGCCCACACUGCAAUCUGGGAACUUGGUGCUCCUGAAAGCUCUCCACCCCAAACCUUUACAACCUCAGUGGACAGGCCCCCACAUCGUGAUCCUGACCACCCCCACGGGAGCAAAGCUUUUGGGAGAUGCCUCAUGGUACCCCCUGUCCCGGCUCAAGAAAAGCCCUGAGCAACAUGACCUUUACACUCGUAAGAUGCUGGGCUCCACCAAGGUCCGCCUUAGUCGGCCCCCUCCUACUUCUCCUCCUCCCUCCCUUGAGCCACACCAGGCUCGAACUUGAGCUGGUCACCCCUUUCCUGUGGCAGUUCAUUAUUCGGGAAACAUAUUGGAAAGACAAUGCCGCCCGCACACAUGUGGUUGGAACCGGGAACUGCGUACCAGCAGAAUGCCAGACACAGGUUGCAAUUACCUUUCCUCCCGGCGCCCUCAAGUCAUUAACCCCGGGUUUCUCUAGCCCAGCCUUAUGCUUCCUUUAUGACCAAACUGAGACAUACUGCAGCUGGUGGGCAGACACGUAUGGUGGCUGUCCAUACUCCUCAUGCAAAAUGCACCUGGCACUGGACUGGAACAAAGAACUCAGCAUUAACAGACAGGGUCUUUUUGUAGGGGACGGUAAGGGAAACUUUAGAAUCAACAUCCCAGACCCAUGGGAUCCAAGGUGGGCAUCUGGGGUAGAAGGGAAAUUGUAUUCUUGGCGAUGCAGCGCUAAGCCCUCGGGGACGAUUCAUAUUCACCGGGGGUACAUUAGAAUUGCCCCCAAAGGCCUCCAGGACUUACAAGAACCAUCCCUCGUCAUUUUAGAAAGUGAGCAGUCCUUAAAUGACCACUUGCCACCUAAAGAAUACCUGGGGGCCUCAUUGUCCCCUGACCCCUUUACCUGGCUCAAAACAGUACAAGAAGCUGCCACCCUCCUUAACGUGCCGGGCUUUACUAAUUUGUCUAAAUGCUUUCUUUGUGCCCCAUUGCAGCGACCUCUAUUAGCCGCGGUGCCCCUAACACACUUUACACCCUCCAACUCGACUAAGGCGUGCCCCCCUCCUUUAAAGGAAAUUCCCUUGUACCUUCCUCCCAACACCAGUGAUAAUGGGACCCACCCCAUUUGUUACCAUACAACAUUCACAAGUUUUAGGUGCAAUGCCACCCGAGGCAUCACAGGUAUUGUCAGGGCACCACCUGGCACAUUCUUUUGGUGCAAUGGGACCCUCUAUAAGUGUAUCAAUGGUUCCUCUCCUGCCCCUUGUAUUCCAGCUACUGUAGUCCCCCAGCUCAUGCUGUAUGGGCAAGCUGAGUUGGAAGACCUGGUAUCCCUCUUCCCGGAACCACCUCGGCACGAAAAGAGAGCAGUCUUUUUGCCCGGGGUGUCCUUGGCCUCAUCCUUCGUAGCUGCAGGCCUAGGGAGCGGUGCUUUGGGCCCUAGUGUUGUUACAGCGCAGGAUUUUGAAGAUCGCCUGCGCCUUGCAGUGGAGACCUCCUCGGCCUCCACAGCCUUGCUUCAACGACAGCUCACCUCAGGAGCGCAUGUUGCCCUGCAGAACAGAAGAGCACGAGGCCUUCUUACAGCGGAAAAGGGUGGAGCCUGCCUAUUUCUCCAAGAGGAGUGCUGCUACUACAUCAAUGAAUCUGGUCUGGUUGAGCAAAAUGUGCAAACCUUAAAUAAAUUAGGCGAGAACCUCUGGCGGUAUAAACAAACCACAUGAAACUGCCUUUGGUGGCAGCAGUCGCCACUAACGGCAUCGGAACGCCCCUAGUGGGCCCUCUCGCUGUAAUUUCUCUCUUAUUUCUUUUAGUUCCCUGUUUCUUUAAAUUUCUGCAAGGCCACCUUUGAGAGAUGACCAAUGUUGCAGCUAACCAGCUCUUGCUUCACCCGUACUUUCCACUGCCCAAUGACCUACCUCUGCCUGACCAGGCCUAUACCCCUCUUCGCCCCCUGCCAGCAGGAAGUAGCUAGACUGAAUCCAGCACCCAUAUUAUCACCAAAAGGCCAGAAUGUAAGGCUGGCCACAGGUCAGGUCAAGGAUGGUCGGUGGGUGAACACCCCCACCCUGCCUGAAAAUGGAAACUUACCAAAGACAGUCUCCAGAGACAGACCAGGAACCAUCUGUGGCUCAAUGAAUGGAACCCAGAUGCUGUUGACUAUCUCGGGACCUGCAUGUGGCAAUGGCCCAACCCCAGCCCAAUGGGAAAUUCCAGCCAGUUCAGUCUGCCUGAAAACCCCCAUCUAAGUUUGCAUAUAAGCAUCUCUCUUCCUAGCCUGUGUGCUACUUCACGGGCCCCACUCUCGGACCUGUGGAUCUCUCCCGGGGGCGCAGAAUAAACUCCUUCUUCUUCUCUCUU